ACCAUGCUGCUGGGCAGGAAGCCGGAGGCGCCGCUCGGUGCAGGUGAGGCGGGAGAGAGGGGGCUGGGAGCGGCCCCUCGGCACCGGGCGGGCCCCGCGGGGGUCGGCGGAACAAUGCGGCCUCCGGGCGGGCCGAGCCGGGGAGCGGGGAGCCGCCUUCCAGGCGGGCUGGGGCUGUGGGGGUCCCGCCGCCCUUGGGUGCAGACACGAUCCGUCUGCUUCUCUCCGAGUAUUUCUCGGCCAGGUUUGGAGACGGAUUAUAUGACUCCUAUAUGAGGAUAGAUCAGCUUAGGUACCAAGAGUCUGCAAAUGAAGAGCACAGCCCCUCAGGACUGCCUUCCCUCGGAAGAUCUAAUGUUUGUAGCAACAAACUUGCGAUGAAGGAUCACCCUCUGAGUGGGAGCCAGGUCAAAGUGGAACAGUUGUUUGAGGACUCUGGGAACAGAAGGAGUAGUACCCUUCAGUCUACAGGAAUUACUUGUUCAGAAAGAUCUCUUCCUUCCCUGACGAAAGAUAAAAGCAUAGAGAGCUUAAGCACUUGUAAAGGUGGCAGCAGUUCCUCAAAAGCACACAAAGCCAUUUCCCAGGCUCCAGAACAAGCUGUCAAACAGUACAAGCAUCAGUUAUCUGCGUAUGAGCAGCAAGAGAUAUUUAACUUCUCUGAGAUUUACUUUGUGGGUCCAGCUGCAAAGAAGAGGCAAGGAGUGAUUGGUGGUCCCAACAACGGAGGUUAUGAUGAUGACCAAGGCAGCUACAUUCACGUGCCCCACGACCAUCUCGCUUACCGCUAUGAAGUGCUCAAAAUCAUUGGCAAGGGCAGUUUUGGACAAGUUGCUAAAGUCUAUGAUCACAAACUCCACCAGCACUUAGCCUUAAAGAUGGUUCGCAAUGAAAAGAGAUUCCAUCGCCAAGCAGCGGAAGAAAUCCGGAUCCUGGAGCACCUGAAGAAGCAGGAUAAAACUGGCAGUAUGAACGUUAUUCACAUGCUGGAAAGCUUCACCUUUCGGAACCACAUCUGUAUGACCUUUGAACUCUUGAGUAUGAACUUGUAUGAGCUGAUUAAGAGAAAUAAGUUCCAGGGCUUCAGCGUCCAGCUGGUGCGCAAGUUUGCUCACUCUAUACUGCAGUGCUUGGAUGCUCUCUAUAGAAACAAAAUCAUACACUGUGACUUGAAGCCGGAAAAUAUCCUCCUAAAACAGCAAGGGAGGAGUGGAAUCAAGGUUAUAGAUUUUGGGUCCAGCUGUUUUGAGCACCAAAGAGUCUACACGUACAUUCAGUCUCGAUUUUAUCGAGCACCAGAGGUAAUUUUAGGAAGUCGUUAUGGGAUGCCCAUAGAUAUGUGGAGUUUUGGCUGUAUUCUGGUGGAGCUAUUGACUGGAUACCCUCUUUUUCCUGGAGAGGAUGAGGGAGACCAAUUGGCUUGUAUGAUGGAACUUCUUGGAAUGCCCCCUCAGAAGCUUUUGGAUCAAUCCAAGCGAGCCAAGAACUUUAUCAACUCCAAGGGUCAUCCUCGCUACUGCACUGUGACUACUCAUGCAGAUGGAAGAGUGACCCUCAACGGGAGCCGAUCACGCAGGGGGAAAGUGCGAGGUGCUCCAGGGAACAAGGACUGGGUGACAGCACUGAAAGGCUGCGACGACCCCUUGUUCAUAGAGUUCUUAAAGGAAUGUCUCAGCUGGGAUCCUGCUGUGCGCAUGACGCCAAGUCAAGCUUUAAGGCACCCGUGGAUUUGUAAACGAACACCCAAACCACCCAGCACUGAUAAAACCUCCAGUAAAAGGAUUUCCAGCUACACGAGUUCUUUCACGGGAAUUGGUUCCAAGUUGCCUCCUGUGGUUGGGGUAGCAAACAAGCUGAGGGCCAACUUAACGUCCGACACCAAUGGCAGUAUACCUUUAUGUACUGUGCUGCCAAAGCUGGUCAGCUAGUAGCUAAUGAUAUAUUUCCAGAAUACGUACUUUUAAUUUUAAUUAUUUGUUAAUAACAUCAAAGGAAGUUAAACGCAGAGGUUUUUAAUGGAUUUAAACAUUUAAAGGGCUAACUUUUAUCAAACUGUUUCUCUCGCAGCGUGGUGCGUAUGGCAUUCUGGGUGGGUCAGCUCAUCUGAUGAGUAACAUAGCAGUUUGGCUGCUGUGCUGUUUAAUAAUGCUGUUUUGGAAACCAAACUAUUUCUUAUCAAGACAGGUUAGGAGAUUAUUUUGCUUAAGACAGCAAGGGAAAUUGACUUAUUACGUGUAUUUUCAGUUAAACCCCAAAUUAACUUUUUUUUUUUCAAUUUUAUUUUGGGGAGAGUUUUGACAUCUGUUGUCACAAGCACAAAUGCAUUGGUGUAAUGCAUUAAGAGCUCACUAACUUAUGUCUGAAGGAUUGGACUCCUCUGUGCUGCUUUUCCAUCACCUAUGCCUGUGGAAGGCUGACAGGGAAGCUCAGGAGCAGGAGGAGUCCAUCGCAGGCGUGGGCUGCUUUUUUGGGGGCUGAUGAUUCCAUUACACGUUUCUUGGAGCUCAGAUUUAUAAGUUCUCCCAGGUGUGUGUGUGUGUGUGUGUUUGCUCGUUGAUGUGAGUUCUUGGUUGGUUUGGUUUUUUUGUUGUGUGCAGAGUGAAUUCCAUUGAAUUCCGUGGGACUCUUUUAAUACAGAGGCAAGCAUGCCACUCUGGUCAGGCAAGUAAAAAUUCUUAAGAUGUAGGAUAUAAUAAGAACAUGUGUGGAACAGCCCUAAUAAAUAGAAUAGCUCUUCAAAAUCUCAGUGUAAUCUCAGGAAGGACUGAUAAGAUGCAAGAAUUCAUAGAUCCAAAUCAAACUGCGUUAUGAGAUGAAUUAUUUUAAUUCUAAUCAUAUUCCUUCGGGUCUGUGAGAGAUGUUUCUGCAUGCUUGAAAUGUGUAAGCUUCUAAUUCCUUUAUCUUCCAAGAACAUGGGGUGGUGGUGUGGCCUGUAACGACAACAGCACAACUUGUUCUGGUUCUUAGCUCUUGGAGCCACGUGGCGUGGGUCCAUUUACAAAAACAUCUGAUCUCCUGCCAGGUUCCUGAAUGCAAUUUUAAACACAAUUUAGAGCCCUUCUGUAGAGAGGGUUUUAAACUGAAUGAGUUUCUCUGCAGCAAGUUUUUAGUAUUAAAGCAAGGAGACUCUCAUUCUACAAACAAAAGAAGGAUCGGGGUGAUUUGUAAGAUAAGGUGACCACAUGUUCAAUAACAGAGCUUCCUUCUCAGAAGAUGGGGCUGUGCUUUUGGCUGCGCCCUGUUCUAAUUACAGCACUGCUGAAAUGCUGGAUGGAGGCGUGGAUGGAAAGGCCAAAGAGUGAGAGCCAAAGCCCCAGGCUUCCCACAACUGUUCUUGAAGCGGAGAGUCUCACAUAGGAGCUUUGCUGACUUCUGUUUUGUGAGUGUAAAUGCACUAAGCUCAGUAAUGCUAUUAAAAUAGUGUAGUCUAGCUCUUAUCCAUGUGGCCACAAGCAACACCAGUGCGUGUGCUGUGUUCACUUCAUAAUAAGGCAUGAGUGGUAUUUUUGUUUGGCAAAGCUGAGUGAUGUUUUGUUAGAAGGUACAACCAGAGAAACAGAUUUUGGGGGGGAAGUGGUAGAACGCACCACCAAUUUUAGCAGCAGCAUCUCUAAUAGAUGUGACACGUUUCCUAAAGCCAGGAACAUCCAGUUUCCUCUUCUGACUUGCCUAUUUGCAUUUUUAACUGUUUUUUUUUUUUUUCUUUAAAUAAACCAGAUGAGUGAGGAAGAAGGGGAACCUUUUGAGGAGCAGUAGCUUGGUAAGAAAGAUGUGUAGAAAAGGAGCACUUUCUAUAGAAAGACUGUACAGUGGUGGUAGUGUUUGGAGCUGGGAAGAAGACAGAGCGUUCGUGUUAGGAGCUGUGCAAGAAGAUGGAAUACCCAUAUUCAGGAGCAGCAAGCAGUGGCUUGGCUGUAGAACACUUUUCAUCUCUAAAAUACCCAAUGUGGAAUGAUUAUUCUCCUGGGACUUCUGGGAUCUCGUUAUGACAAGGUAACUUCUCAUGUCACAGCUGUGAAACUACAAAUGGAGUCACUAGCUGGCAAAAACCUUGCCUUUUUACCUCAAAAGUGUGUUCACCUUGACCUGACCAAGCAAGAUGCUCUCUGUGAGCUGUACGUGUUUAAGAAUUGAUCUUAUUUACCUGGGACUACUCCUGUAUUUUAAAAUCACACACUUAAUUAACUGUCUUGCUAAUUUGAGGGUCUGAUCUAUGUGGCCACAGCAGAUGAGAAGGAAAAAGAAGCAACUUUGGGAGAUUUCUCCUAUGGUGAAAAAAGGCUCUACGUAGCCCAGAGAGCACAGCUCUGUUUUUAUUUACUAAGCCCCAUUUUCUUUAUACAGCAUUUGCUUUCUAAGAAUAGCGUGGCACAGUGUGCCCGAAGUGGGAGAGCCCUUCAAGGGAGAUAAUAAACUCUGUGUCUGGGAGAGCUGAGUUCUCAUCCUUGUGAACACUUCACUUGUUGAACUCAUGGUGGGUGCCUAUGGGAAUCACACACAGCCAUGCUCACAAGGCUGGAACACAGGCUGUGUUGUUAACAGUGUUGUUUAUCACUCAUGGUUGUGCUUGCAGUGACAGUCUUCAGUGAGAUGAUGUCGAAUCUCAAAUUCACAUUUGCUUUUUGGGAAGCUAAGCACUAUAAUGAGGUCUGAGGUAGUCUGAAGUGCAUCACUUUUGUUACUUGUGAUACUGGUUAGGAUGUUGAAGUGACACAGUGCUGAACUCAUCUACAUAGAUGAACAAAACAGUGUUUGUUUUUGAGGAACCUCUUUGUUUUGCCAGCACUCGUGAGGUUCCCCUGCACCCUCAAUCAUGUUCUCCUAGGAAGUUAGCAUGACACAAAUGCCAAUUGCUUGGGUUUCUGACAAAACAGCCAUCACGUUUCUAGGAAUUGUAAUGAAGUCAUCCAGACUUGUUUUUCAGUGUUCCUUAUGAUGAUCCUUCUGUUUGACUGCUCGUUAUCGUUAGUCCUUGUGUUGGAAGUAACACUCUGUGUUCAUUGUCUGCAUUUUUAGCUGUUUGUUUUAGCAAUAUUUUUUUUUAUAUAAAACAAAUGACAAGGCACGAGCAUCUGCCAGAUAUGCAUUGCUUUUACACUGGGGUCCAAAUACCACGCAGCUGUCUCAGUUGCAAGGAGAAACUUGUUUCUGUUUGAACUCAGUGGGGCAGUGAUGUGGUCACUGUGGGAUGUGGUGCUGCAGCCCCCAAUGCAGGCUGGUUUGGGCUCACCAAGGGCAGGCAGUGCACACUCUGCCUCCAGUGUGCUCUUUGCUAGGGUUUGCUACCCAGUUUGUCCUGUCUGAAUGGGAGCUCCGCUUGUCUGGUAAGCUCAGAACAAACCCCUCUGUAAGGUUUGAGGUGUGUUAUGCAGUCUGCCAUUGUUUACAAUAGCUGCGAGCUGAUAGGGCUUCUGUGCAGUUGGAAGCUGUUGGAAUUAGGAAUUUAGCAGUAGAGGUUCUUUGCAGUGGUCAUCUCUGAAUCUACCUCCGAAAUAAACCUCGGGUCCUUUUUAAAGGGAUGUUCACUGCAGACUGCAGCUCUAUUUUUUAACACUGAUAGCUGUUCUGGCUGCAAAACGUACACAUGAUGAUCUCAGCAAUGUCUUACUAAUCCUAUCCACACAAGCGAAAGGCUGAUUGUGCACUCAGAUCCGUGCUGAAAUGAUUGACACAAAUCCCCUGCCAUUAAACCUGCCAAAGUUUAAUGCCGGUAUGGAAGCAAAGAGCCAAAAUAACAUGGGAAGAUCUGCAGUGCUUCUGUGUGGUACCCAGCUGAGAUGGAAAGCAAACCAAACCACAGUGAAAGACUUUUCCUUAGUUAAAAGAGCUUGCAACUUUUCCAUGUGUGGAGCACUAGGAGCUGUGGGUACCCAGCAUCUCGAAAACCGGACACCGUAAUUUUUAUAUCUGAUGUAUAUCAAAGAUACCACUUGGUUAUUAUUCCUUUUUAACUUGAUAAGGGUUUGGGGAAAUGUCUACGCUUCACACUUUGCAUAAAAGAGCCCUCGAGUGUUCAAAAGCUCCACCAACACUUUGUUCUCAGCUCCCACUGUCACAUUCAGGCCUUGGGGUCAUCAGAACAGUCUUGCAUGGGUGAGCAUCGCUGUGUUCAGAGGGAGCACAGACUUCACCCCCGCAGGAGUAACCCGUGUUCCCUAUCCAUAGUACUGUGCCUUAUUAUUUGACCAGCCUACAUUUGUCUUGGUGCAAUGAAUUUACUAUUCAGGGUUUCUUAUACUUUGCAGCUGUCCACACUUAAAUGUCGGUGUGUCUGAGGAAUUCACAGGUUAGCCUUCUUAUAGUAAAUAUUGUGAGGUGGAAAUGUAGGAAACACUUAAGGUGCAUGUGAAUAUAACCCUGUGAAGGAACACUUUAAGUCAGUCUCGAACUCUGUAUCUACAUGUGACGGGCAGAUAUUUCCUAAUGUUGUACUUCAGUUUGUUUUUAAAAGAAAAUAAAUGCAUAAUUUUCUUUAGCA